AUGCUGCUAUUAAUAGCCUUGGCUUUCUCUGCUGCCAUUGGGAUCACGUUUCUUGUUCUGGGAUGUGCUCUGUUUCAGAACUGGUGGCCAAUGUUUGUGCUGUUUUUCUACUUCCUGUCACCAGUACCAACGGUAAUCUCUCGUCGUCUCUCAGGCAGUCUCGAUUCCUCCAGCAGUGCCCUUAUCGAGCUGUGUAUAUUUCUGACCGUGGGAAUUGUGAUUUCAGCAGUUGGUUUACCCAUUGUAUUGGCUAGAACCUCAGUGAUCCAGUGGGGAGCCUGUGGUUUGGUCCUGGCAGGGAAUGUUGUCGUGUUUCUAACAAUCCUUGGAUAUUUCUUCGUGUUUGGAAAUGAUGAGCUAGAUUAUUCCUCAUGGUGAUGAACACAGACCUGAUCUAUUUAUAUUUUAAAACAGACCUAGAGAACCUGACCUUUUAAUAUUAAUUUUGAAAAAAAUUAAUUCUACAUUUUGAUGUAGAAAAAUUUGAUGGCAGAGAGAAGUAAUGUAGUGUUU